AUGGGGUACAAAAUUUUAUGCUCUGGACUGAUUUGUAUUCUUUUUGCUUUUUAUAUUUAUACACCAAUGCCAGAAAACAUUCAAGAACCCUGGAAAGUAAGGAUCAUGGAUGCUGCUACAAAAGCUACUUCACUUAUGUCUACUAUAUUGGAAAAAAUAGGCCUUAAAAGAUUUGAUGAAUUGUUUUCCAUAAUAAUAAAACUGGACUAUACACAACCAAUUUCAGAUGAAAAUGUUACAGUGAUGGAUACAACAUUUAGUGAUAUUCCAGUACGUUUGUACUUGCCGAAGAGGAAGAGAGAAAGCCAGAGACCAGCUGUAAUUUUUAUUCAUGGUGGUGCCUUUGUCUUAGGAAGUUACAAGCAAACACCUUUGGACCUCCUGAAUAGAUGGACGGCAAACAAAGUUGAUGCUGUUGUUGUUGCAGUGGACCCUAGACUAGCUCCUCAAUAUCCAUUUCCUGUUACCCAGGAGGAUGUUGUUUCUGUGGUCAAAUUCUUUCUACAGGAUAAAAUCCUUGCAAAAUAUGGAGUGGACCCCAAUCGAGUUUGUAUUUCAGGUGAUAGUUCUGGGGGCACACUUGCAGCAGGUGUGACUCAACUGAUACAGAAUGAUCCAGAAUUCAAAAAUAAAUUGAAAGCACAAGCUUUAAUCUACCCUGGCUUACAGCUAAUUGAUUUGUCCUUGCCAUCUCACCAAGAAUUUGAGCAUGGUCCACUUCUGUCAAUGAAACUGGCAAUCAGACUUGGAAGCCUACAUUUGACCCAGGAUAAAGCACUCGCCCAGGCAAUGAUGAAAAAUCAACACAUGCCUCAUGGAUCAAUGCAUCUGUUCAAGUUGGUUAACUGGAGCACCUUCCUUCCUGAGAAGUACAAGAAAAACCAUGUAUAUACUGAACCAAUUCUUGGAAGACUUAACCCUUCGUAUUCAAUACUUUUGGAUAGUAGGUUAUCACCCUUGGCAGUCAAUGAUUCCCAGUUGCAAAAUCUGCCCUUAACUUAUAUCCUCACCUGUCAACAUGAUGUUCUAAGAGAUGAUGGACUUAUGUAUGUCUCACGACUUCAAAAUGUUGGAGUUAAAGUUUCUCAUGACCAUAUGGAGGAUGGAAUCCAUGGAGCUUUAUCAUUCAUGACCUCGCCAAUGUACUUACAACUAGGCAUUAGAAUAAAAGAUAAGUAUAUUAAUUGGCUAGAAGAAAAUCUGUAA